CUCGUCUGUGGGCCAAAGUGCGAGGGGAGCGACUUGCUGUUGCUCCUCGGGGCAAUGGCGGGAGAGGCUCUCGAGAACGGGAUGAGGAUCUCUCCGCGGAAGCCGUGCCUGAUCCGGCGCAACGGCCAGCAGCAGCAACAUGGGGUGGCGGCCUCCUGCCUACGGGAGCUGCGGAGCAAGGCCUGUGACAUUCUGGACAUUGGAAAGGACUUGGAACCCAUCACCUUAGUUCUGGCAGAAGAUGGCACCAUUGUGAAUGAUGAAGAUUAUUUCCUGUGUUUACCACCCAACACCAAGUUUGUGGCACUAGCCAGGAAUGAAAAGUGGACCAGCAGCUGCAUAGAUGGGGGCCCAGCCUGGCUUUCAGGGGAGUCCACAGAUGAAGUAGACAGUGGUGGAGAGAAGUGGAAGCAUCUGGCAAGACAGUUGAAGGAUGACUUUUCCAGCGUCAUUUUGAUGUCUGAGGCAGACCUUCAGGUGCUCGUUGAUGUGCCCUGUUCAGAUUUGGCCCAGGAACUUUCUCAAAAUCAACUAAAAACUCAGAUGUUACAGAACUCCCUGCAGCAGGUGCUGGACAGACGAGAGGAAGAACGCCAGUCCAAACAGCUUCUGGAACUCUACCUGGAGGCCUUGAAGAAUGAAGACAGCAUCUUAAGCAAGGUAUCAGAACCUGAAGCUGCACAUGGGGAAGAGGGGGAUGUAGUGGAUGCUAAAAGCAGUGCUGCAGGUCCCUCCACCAAAAGAACACUCAGUGAUGAGAUCCUUGCUGCACUGAAAAAGAAGCCUGCCCCAGAACUCAGCUUAAGCAGUCAGGCUCUAGAGCGUGUUUUCAAGGAAGAUACAGAAGCCUUGGCUCAGGCAUUGAGGUGGGAUAAGCAGGAGACUCAAGCUCUCCAGCAGGCCUGUGAUCAGGAGCUCUCAAGACGCCUACAGCAAGUACAGACUCUAAACUCCCUGAGAAGUGUAUCAAAGAGCAAGAAAGGGAUGCCCUUGGAAAGUUGCUUGAGUUCAAAACGCAAGAAGUAAAAGACUUUGCAGCACUGUUCCUAAAGAUGCUUGAAAUGUCAAGGAAACACAGGUCUCUUGUGUGUUAGAGCCAACACAAGAAAGUGGUGUGUUAAAUUCCCCAAGCAUCACAGUUUGCUGGUCAUGCUAUGCCCUUUCUCUACAGAACUAAAAACUGUGCUGGUCUCAACACAAAGGCAAACAGAGGUUUAAUCCCGCUCACGUAACCAAAGGUGCUAUUUUUUUAUAGUAGUGGUUCUUGUCAAAUAACUUCUCUGCCUUAGAGAGAUGUGUUUUGAAUGCAGGAGUGGGAGCCAGAUGCGCUGGAGUUCUAAUCCUGACUAACCCCGUCUGUGGCCUCAGGCAUCUCACUUACCGUGUCAUUUCCCAUCUGUUUUUCAUAUGUGGGAAGUUGCCUACUCAUAGGGGGUAUCGUGAGGCUAAGCCUUGGUGCACAAAGUUUACUAGUGUAGCAAUAUUGGGUGCAUGUAUGUGGGAAGUCACACCCCAAACCAAUAUGGUUGUGCAAAGGGUUUAGUGCCACUGUGUUUCUACUGGCAAAAUAACUUUUACUGGUUUGGUAUUGCUUACUCCAUUCAGGAAACUGAUUUAAGCAAGCAAACUUUUGCUAGUAUAAGCUACAUCUCCACUUGGGGAUAUUUGUGGGUUACUUCUGUUCAUAUACUGGCAAAUGCUUUAAGGUAUAAACAAGACCCAAGACGAUGAUUAGAAGGCACUUUGAAGACUGUGUGAGCUUGAGGCUUUCCAUACCAAAUUAUGAGGCUGAACAGGAGAGUGCAGACCAAGUACGUUCUUUUCAGAUUAAUGUGGAGUGCAAUAAUGAGAUGCAGUGUUCUUGGUGCCUGUUCCUGGGGAGGUUUAUUACAGUUUGGCAUAGUCAGACUGUCAGUGUGCAGAUUUUUUUUCAGUUACCACUCUGAGGCAUUGACUGAGAACCUGUUUAGGAUCCAGGGACUUGAAUUCAAAUCCCAAUUCUCAUAAUUUCUUGCUAUAUAACUCUGACCAAAUCACAUUUUAACCAUUGUGCCAUCAUUUCCAUAUGCUACUACCUGUUCCUGCAGGAAGAGUGAGAAUUGAUAUUUGUAAAGCUUGCUGAAAAGUAAAAUGCUUGUUUUUUAUGGGCUCCAAGGAGCAAAUAUAAUGUUUGGGCCUUGCUAUAUUCCUAUUAUUUUUAUACAAUAUCUUGGUCUUAUUAAUGACUGGCCUAUUUUUAAAUAUUUUUAAACACUUUUACAUAGAGAAUUAAUAUUAAAAGCUUAUUGUACUAGUAGGCUGAUUAUUGUGAUGCUCACAUACACUGCCUGGCUUGUUUGUGCAUCUCCAAAAACAUGACUGUCAAAUUGGAAGCACCCUUCUAUCACCCAAGCACUAAUGGGAUUUGCAGUCUCAGAUUUUUGUUUUAAAUUGUACUGUUUGUGAUAUUUAACCUUCCAAAUAUGUCAGUUAGCUUUGACCUACAUUGAUGUUAGUGCAUUAGCACAUACAUUCUCUGUUGUAGUGAUAAUUCUGUCCUAGGACAACAAAUGAUAAAAAUGCUGAAGCAUUUAAAAGGGAGGCAGUGAAUUUUUAAUAUACACAAUUAUACAGUAGUUCUAGCACUGCAGAACCCAUUAAUCUAACAUUAGGAUAAGCAGUAUAGUAGAUAAGUCACUUAAUGUAUAGCAAAGCUGAAUAUUCAGAUAUGCCCCUUGUGAAUAGGUAUUGCCAAGUAGCUUUUAAUGAAUGUGCUUGAACUACAGCACUACUUUAGUUACUUAUAAUGCACAUCAUAACCCUUAACCAGUUCUAGUGCCUCUGAUGUAACUUGAGCAAAAACCUGCUUUUUUACAGGAAAAUUAGGUAUGAGUUAAGUGUGUCACGUGCAUCUUUCUAACAAAGAUAUUACACAGGUUUAAACAUGGGAUCCUGAUUACUAAGAACCUAUGAAGGCAGGGCUACUCAACUUUGGAAGCCCCGGGUGCCACAAUGAUACUCACAGCACAUGCUGAGGACUGCAACUUAAGUGUGGUUGCAUAUACAUGCAAAUAUACAGUAAAACUCCAAUAGUCCGGCAUCCGAUAGUCCAGCACUCCUGAUAGUCUUGCAUCAAAAUGGCAAGAGCCUAGUGAGUGAGCUUCAGCAAAAAAUGAGUCACAAGGUAACAGUGGCAGCAGCUGAACUGAGCAAAAAGGGUAAAAAAGGCUUAAAAAAACUAAAAUAUUACAGUAUACUGUAUACAGUAUGUAUAAUAAAAAGGGUUAAGAACACUUUAUAUACAGUAUAUAAUGUAUACAGUGAAUAUAUACCUCCUGAUAGUCUGGCAUAUCUGAUAAUCCGGCACCACCUAGGUCCCAUAGGUUCUAGAUUAUCGGAAGUCUACUGUAUAUGCAAAUAGCCUCUUUCACACUGACAGGCAUGAAUAUAAAGAUUAAGCCUUAAGCUGCGGCACCAGACCCAAAAGGGGCCAGUGUGAGCCAGUCAGCACCUCUUAGGCUCUGCCCACGAGGCUAAUCAGCCAGCAUUUCCCACAAUGCCCUGGCACUGCCAACACCUCCUCCCUGGGGGCUAGAAACACCGAUACCCUGUACCCAUCUGUGCCAGCCAGCCCGGCCGCUUGCGUCUUUCAGUGUUCACCCCGCCUGGGAUACCCCUCGCCGUUGUGGAGCAUGUUCCCAGUAGAGGCCAUGUUCAAAGGAUCCCACCCACAGGCCACAUGUUGAGUCCCACGUAAACUCAAACCACGCCAUGGGCCACAUGUGGCCCGCGGACCAUGUAUUGCGUAGCCCUGUACAAAGAUGUUGUCUUAUUUCUAUGAAAUAAAAGCUUACUCUUGGCCUGAACUUCCCCUUUCUUCUAAAAUGUGUCCCCCUGAGUUUGACAGGGAAAAAACUGUUUUAUCACAAUACUUAUCUAAAUUAUCACAUUAUAAGCAAUUAUCUUGCUACAGUAGAUGGAGUUUUUCUUCUGUUAUACGCUGCCAUAGUAGCUGUACUGAUUGUUCAUUCAGGAUAGAACAAUAGGCAUCUGAAAUGCUACUCGUGCACAGCCAGGCCUUAUUCAACUGUGUGAAGAUAAUUAUCCUUGACUACAAAUUCAGCAAUAAACUAAACCAGUCACCACCCUGCUUUUUAGUUUACUGGUUUUCCUACUGGGUGAAAAACAGCUGAAGACUUACCAGCUUUUUCCUUAUAAACCCUAAUUUUCUGAGGGGAAUAAUUAAUGCAAAGCUGAAACUUAAGCAAAAGAUCAACUCAGAUAAAAAUCCUGUUGGCCUCCAUUUAUAUAAGAAAAAAUUGCUCUUAGCUUUUUCAUAUUAUAAAUUUAAUUCUUGCCAUCUGAAGUAUAAAAUGUGGUAUCCUCUAUCUUUUAGAAGUGAGCUGUCUAACUCAUUUGCAGAGUGCAUUAGGUCAUUUUAGUUAUUAAGUAACAGUAGCCACACUGCUCCAUAUUUCUAAUAGAACCCACACUCAACACUGCAGCAUUAUCUAGUUUUUCCACACGCUCUUAAAAAAAAAA